CAGGGGGGAGCCCGGCGCCCCCGCAUCGGCAACCGCCGCCGGCCGCGCCCCAUCUGCAACCCCCUCUCGCGCCGCGGGCGAAGCGAAGUUCCCCAGUCGCGAAGUUUGGCCCGAGAUCCGAGGCUCGCAGCCGGGCGCGGGGGCGCCGAGUGGGCGGCGCGGCGCGCUCCCCCUGUCCCGGGCGCCGAGUGCGCCCCUCCCCCGGCCCGCCGGAGCUCCGGGCGCAGCGCGCGGGCUGCGCGGCCGCGGGUGUUCUGCGUGCGCCGGCCCGUGGCGAGCCAGGUUCUCGUGGCCGCGUGCUAGGAGGAGGCCGGAGCCCGGGUGGGAAGAAUGGAGUUGGCGUCUCGCUCCCAGAUCCCUAAAGAAGUGGCUGACAUCUUUAACGCCCCCAGUGAUGAUGAAGAGUUUGUCGGUUUCCGAGAUGAUGUUCCCAUGGAAACCCUCUCAUCAGAGGAGAGCUGUGAUAGUUUCGACUCACUGGAGUCAGGGAAACAGCAAGAUGUACGUUUCCAUUCCAAAUACUUCACGGAAGAGCUAAGAAGAAUUUUUAUAGAGGACACUGACUCAGAGACCGAAGAAUUUGAAGGAUUUACACAGAAUGACCUGAAUGGAAAUAGUAACUCAGAAGUCAUGCUUGUGGAGUCAGAUUUGAGUGAUGCUGGUGAGGCGUCUUCAGUGAGUGAGGAAGAGGAGGAUGAAGGAGGAAAGGCCACACCUAGAAGAAGCAGGCCUAGGAGGAGCAGUAUUGGUCUUCGAGUAGCCUUUCAGUUCCCCACCAAGAAACUGGCAAAAAAAUCAGAUGACAGUUCUUCGGAGCCACUGUUUUCUAGCACACGCUUACAGGACAGUAAAAAAGCAAUUCUUGGAAGAAAGAGAAGCUGCAGACAGGGGAAGGAAAGGGAAGAUUCGGUCUCGGAGUCUGAGGACGACUCCAGGGAUGAGGGCCAGGAGGGCUCGGAUGCACUGCUGAAGAGGACCAUGAACAUCAAGGAGAACAAAGCCAUGCUCGCUCAGUUACUGGCAGAACUGAACUCUAUGCCCGAUUUCUUCCCAGUACGAACCCCGAACUCCGCUUCUAAGAGAACAGCAAGGCGGGCUUUCUCAGAGGGACAGAUCACCCGGCGCACGAACCCGACCCGGAGCGCACGGCCUCCCGAGAAGUUUGCCCUGGAGAACUUCACCGUCUCAGCUGCCAAAUUUGCCGAAGAGUUUUACGGUUUCAGGAGAAGGAAGACAAUUAGUGGGGGGAAAUGCCAGGGGUAUAGACGGCGUCACCGAAUAUCUUCUUUUCGGCCAGUGGAGGAUAUCACUGAAGAGGACUUAGAAAAUGUUGCCAUAACUGUUCGAGAUAAAAUCUAUGAUAAAGUUCUGGGCAACACCUGCCACCAGUGCAGGCAGAAGACCAUCGACACCAAGACCGUGUGUCGGAACCAGAGCUGCGGGGGGGUGCGAGGACAGUUUUGUGGGCCGUGCCUGCGGAAUCGCUACGGGGAGGAUGUGAGAUCUGCGCUGCUGGACCCGGGUUGGAUGUGUCCCCCCUGCCGCGGGAUCUGCAACUGCAGUUACUGCCGGAAGCGUGACGGCCGCUGCGCCACGGGAAUCCUCAUUCACCUGGCCAAGUUCUACGGUUACGAUAACGUUAAGGAAUACCUGGAGAGCUUACAGAAGCAGCUGGUAGAAGACAACUGAGGAGAACUGGCCGGCGCGCCGUGGAGCACGCCAGCCGGACCUGCCCUGCCACUUGUGCCUGAGAGUUCUUACAGUUGUGUGUUUAUGCAGAAAUUCUUUGUAGAUCUAAAUACUAUUUUUUUUUAAGAUUGUUUAUAUGCUUAAAAAGAUUUCUCAGGAACCCGGCACAGCAGAGGAAUCUCUAUGCAUGUAUCCAUAGGCCCCUACGUGUAUUGAAUUGUUUUAAAGCAUCUGCAUACGAUGAAAAAAAAAAGCAGUUUAAACGGGGUGGAGUUAAAAGUCCAGCUAAGUAAGUUCCAGAGAAAACCUAGUAUAAGCAGCUCUUGCCUUUGACACUGUUUAUUCGGGUGGCCUUGAUCUUUACCUCCGGUCCAGGACCACAUAGUUAAUCCUUCUCGGGGGCAUUGGAAUUUGCUAAAAUUACAAAGUGCAAUUAAUCGUAGAUCUUGAGAGUACUAGAGUUUUAUUUUUAUGAAAACUUGAAUGAACAGGAAGUAGACUGGCACGUUACUGCUUGGAGGCCGUGGAGCACUGCUGGCUGGCGGGAGCGGCUGCCCCUUCCUUCAGGGUUCACUGGCUGCCUGCAGUGUAAGCGUGUCAGGGCUAAUUCUUAAUUUAAAAAGAUUUUUGUUUAAAGUCUGCAAGAGCUAAAAUCCCCCUUCACGGAUGGGGAGACUUUAUUAAGGAGGGUGUUUGUUUAAACAAAAUCAAGGCACCUGUAAGUUACUUGGAAGUGGGAGGAGGGUGUGUAGCUCUCAGAAUGACUUAAUGUGCACGGACGCCAGUGGCUCGACCCCCUCC